GUGGCGACGGCUCCAGCGUCCAUUCUGGUGGCGGAGCCGUUGGACUACGAGAGCACGCGCUUCUUCAUCCUGCGUGUGCGUGCCCAGAACGUGGCGGCAGUGCCCCUGGCGUCUUUCGCCACCGUCUACGUCAACCUCACAGAUGUGAAUGACAACGUGCCUUUCUUCAUGUCCUCCACGUAUGAGGCCCACGGUGCCAGAGGGGGCAGAGAUUGGGACGUCUGUUGUCCAGGUGUCCGCCUCAGACCUGGACUCUGGACUGCACGGCCAGGUGAACUAUGUCAUCCUAAAGGACCAGAGCGGCGACUCUCAGUACUUUAGCAUUAACUCCUACACGGGGGUGAUCCACACACGUGCGACCUUUGACCGCGAGCAGAAGGGCUCCUACCUCAUUGAGGUGCAGUCGCAGGAUGGCUCCGAGUCAGCCCGGCCUGGGCAGCACGGACAGCCCAACACAGACACGGCCUACGUGAGGAUCUUUGUGACGGACGUGAACGACAACGCGCCGUCCUUCUCCCAGUCCGUGUACGAGAUCAGCGUGGAGGAGGACAAGGAGGUGGGCUUCAUCGUCAUGACGGUCACCGCCAACGAUGAAGACGAAGGCGCCAAUGCUAAGCUACGCUACCAGCUGACAGCGGGCAACACCAUGGGCACGUUCGACAUGGAGCCCGAGGUGGGCACACUCUACAUCGCCCAGAAGCUGGACUAUGAGCGUGUUCAGCGCUACGAACUGCGAUUGGUGGCGUCCGACGGCAAGUGGGAGAACCAGACCACGGUGGUGGUGAAUGUUAUCAACCAGAACGACGAGGUGCCCGUGUUUGACCACACUGAGUACUAUGCCAGCGUCACCGAGGAGCUCACCGACCUGCCCAUCCUCGCCCUGCAGGUUUCUGCUACUGAUCCAGACCAGGAGGCUGACCAGAGUGCCCUGCGGUACUCCCUGCAUGGACAGGGAGCUGGUAGUGAGUUCACCAUUGAAGAGCUAACGGGUCGAAUCUACGUGCAGAAGCAUCUAGACCGCGAGGAGCGGUCUGCGUGGCGCUUCUUGGUCCUGGCUACUGAUGAAAACGGAGCAGGGCUUACAGGCUUCGCCGAUGUCCUCUUGGAGGUGCGAGAUAUCAAUGAUAACGCCCCCGCCUUCCUGUGCUCGUCAGACAGCUGCUUUGUCGGGAGCGUGCCCGAGAACUCACCCGCAGACACCUCCAUUAUGGAAAUGCGUGCCACCGACCUGGACGACCCGAAGGCGGGGAAGAAUGCAGUGCUGACCUACCGCAUCGUCCAGAACGUCCGAAAUGAGAUCAACCUCAACCUGUUCUCCAUCAACCCUUCCACAGGCACCAUCUACACAGUGCUACGAUCCCUGGACCGAGAGGUGGAGGAUCGCUACCUGGUGGUGGUGGAGGCUGUGGAUGGAGGGGGUCUCUCGGGAACGGGCACGGCCACUAUCCUGGUGUCGGACGUGAACGACCACGCACCGGCGUUCACACAGCAGCUGUACGUGGCGUCCAUACCGGAGGAGCUGGAGGUGAACAGCGAGGUGCUGGUGGUGGCGGCGACCGACGGCGACGAGGGCGAGAACGCGGCGGUCACCUUCAGCAUUGUCGGCGGCGACGAGGAGCGGAAGUUCUUCGUGGAAACGGACAAGGCCAACCGGCGCGGCGUCCUGCGCCUGCAGAAGAAGAUUGACUUUGAGAAGCCGCACGAGCGUACCUUCAACCUCACGCUCAAGGUGGAGGACGCCGACUUCUUCAGCGUGGCCCACUGCGUCAUCCAGGUGGAGGACUCCAACGACCAUGCACCUGUCUUCUUCCCGCAGUUUUACGACGCAGGCGCCAUGUUCGAAGACGUCCCCGCUGGAACCAUCGUGGCCCAGGUGACCGCAAUGGAUCUGGACUCGGGCCAGAACGGCAAGUUCUCAUACGGCAUCGCCCCAGAGUCUGACCCCUACCAGCAGUUUGUGGUGGACAAGAGCGGCUGGGUUGUAGUAGCAGACACUCUAGACCGUGAGAAGGUUUCCCAGCAUCGGCUCAUGAUCUUGGCCACCGAUAUGGGCAGCCCUGCUCUCACUGGGACUGCCAUUGUCAUGGUGACAGUGCAGGACGUCAACGAUAAUGGCCCUGAGUUCGAGGCGCCAUACCGACCUGUGAUUUGGGAGAACUCAGCCACCCCUCAGAAUGUCCGCAUGAACGACACGUCACUCCUCCUCCACGCCAUCGAUCGCGAUUCGUCGCCCAAUGGCGGCCCCUUCUCCAUCCGACUGCUCAUGCUCACCGAGGACGCCACCAACUUCAACCUCACUGACCUGCGUAACGGCAGCGCCCUCCUCACCGCCCUCCGCACCUUCGACCGCGAGCAGCAAAAGCAGUACCUGCUGCCCAUCCUCAUGAUCGACAGCGGCUCUCCGCCAAUGAGCUCCACCUCGACGCUGACUGUCGUCAUCGGCGACAGGAACGACCACCCACAUGUGCCAGGCCACACCGAAUUCAUCGUGUACAGCUACGAGGGUUCACUUCCCACCACAGUACUUGGACAAGUUCAAUCCCCUGACCUUGACGACUGGAGUGAAAAGGUGUACCAGUUUGAAGGCAAACCCCCCAGGUCGUUCAGUCUAAACCGCAACACUGGUCAACUGAGCAUCAGGGAAGGAACCCCGCCCGGCGCCUACAGCCUGCAGGUACGGGUCAGCGACAAGGCCUGGCCUGACGUGACCUCCACUGCAGAGGUCACCGUCUUGGACCUGAAGGACGACGCCGUGAGGAACGCAGGCUCCCUGAAGCUGUCCAACCUUACCGUGGAGGAGUUCUUUCGGGUCGGACUGGGUCAGGAGAGCUGCUACACCCGUCUGCGUCGCCUGCUGGCCGAGGUGCUGCAGACGGAGACGGAAUGUGUGUACGUCUUCAGCGUCGCCAACGGCAGCAGCAACCACGACAACCUGCAGCAGCUCAACGUCUGGUUCGCCGCCCACGGCUCGCCAUAUUACAAGACUGAGAAGCUCCACGGCUAUGUAGCAACACACAAAGUCAAGCUGGAGUCGGCGCUGGGUGUGGGCAUCUCUCAGGUGGGCGUGGACGAGUGCGCGUACACCGACUGCGGUCCGACGGGCGGCGGCUGCUCCAGCCGGGUGACCUUCAGCGAGACACCACGCGUGCUCAGCUACGGCAACACCUCCCUGGUGUCCAUCUCGGCCACCGCCACGGCCCAGUGUGGCUGCCAGGCCCGCGAGAGCCUGCACCUCGCCUGCGCCUCCUACCCCCACAACCCCUGUCUCAACGGGGGCACCUGCAUCGACAGCGAGCUGGGCUACAGGUGUAAGUGCCCCCCCAUGUUUGAUGGGCCGGAGUGUCAGCAGACCAAGCACAGUUUCCAUGGCCACGGCUACGCCUGGUUCCCUCCCAUCAGGCCCUGCUUCCAGAGCCGCAUCACACUGGAGUUCAUCACAGAGGCGCCCAACGGUCUGCUCCUCUACAACGGCCCGCUGGCCGCACCCCAACCGGGUGACCCCGAGGACUUCAUCGCCCUCGAGCUGAAGAACGGCGUCCCGUCCCUGAGUGUGAACCACGGCUCCGGAACGCUGACACUUCAGCUCCCACCCAGGGCCACCGUCACGGACCGCCGCUGGCAUCGUCUGGACAUCGUCAGCGACGGGAAGAUGGUGCAGCUGAUCCUGGACCACUGCUCUGGGGCUGCGGUGAAUGAGGUGGAGGGUCUGGGGGUGGAGAUGCUGGAGAUGGACCAGUCGGCCUGCAAGACCUCCGCAGAAACCCCCGGCAGCCAAAGAUUCCUGAACGUGAACCAGCCCCUGCAGGUGGGCGGCGUGAAGGAGACUCAUCCCCACCGGCGUACACACCCCCACUACAAGGGCUUCGUGGGUUGCCUGAGGAACCUGGUCGUAGACAGCCAGGUGUAUGACCUGGGUAACCCAGCGGAGAGCGUGAACAGCACCCCGGGGUGCACCCUGACGGACGGGGUGUGUCUGACAGCAGGGGGGCCUUCGUGUGGCGUCCACGGGAAGUGCCUGGGCGAGUGGGGCUCCUUUAGUUGUGACUGCCACCCUGGAUAUAGUGGACACAAGUGUGAGAAAGCGUUGCCGGACUGGUCUUUUGAGCCGGACAGCGUGCUGCGGUACCAGCUGCGUGGGGGCGGCAGCCCCCGCUGGACCCACGCCCAGCUGAUGCUGCGCACCCGCGCCACCUCGGGCAGCCUGCUCAGCAUGACCUCGCGUGACGCCAACGAGUACAUCGUCCUGGAGAUAGCAGAUGGACACUUGAGCGUCCGGGCCAACCUUGGUGACGGUGCCCACUCCCUGCGUCUGAUUGGCCAGCGCGUGGACGCUGGCCAGUGGGUGCUGGUCAGCCUGCUUCGCCAUGACAACCUCUUCACGCUGCGCCUGGAGCGGGGCGGCGGGUCGCGGGAGGUCACUGCGGUGCUCGGACAGCGCAGGGAGAUCGUGGUGCACCCGUCCAGCGUGCUGCUGGGUAACGCCGGCGCCCAUGGCACACGUGCAGACUUCCAAGGUUGCAUGCGUGACGUGCGUCUGAAUGGACACACUCUGCCGCUGGACGGCCAGAGUACGGAGUUCAGCACGGUGCUGGAGCGGCGCGGGGUGACGGCCGGCUGCCACUCGGACGCCUGCAGCGCCAAGCCCUGCCCCAGCCCCCUCUACUGCGUCGACCUGUGGAGGACACACGAGUGCAAGUGUCCAUCAGGUCAGGUGCUGGUGCUGGACGAUUCGUCCGGCCUGCAGCGCUGUGCCCCGUCCCCGUGCCGGGCUGCCACCUGCCGCAACGGCGGCACCUGCGUGGCCCAGUCGCCCAAGAGCUAUCAGUGCCGCUGCGCUGAGGGCUUCCGGGGCCAGUGGUGCGAGGUGGGCCGGGCCAAAGCCCUGCGGCUGGCCGCCCUCAGCCCCAGCUCCAUACUGGCCAUCAGCAUGUGCCUGCUCGUCUUCUUCGCCAUCCUGGUCGCUGUGACCGUCUGGAACCAGAAGGGCAGCCGCAAUAAGUUCCGUAAGCAUGGUGUUUACCACAUCCCUGCCGAGCACGAGAGCUGGGAAGACAUCCGGGAAAACAUCCUCAACUACAACGAGGAGGGAGGAGGGGAGCAGGACCAGAACGCCUAUGACAUCACAGAGCUGAAGCGCCCGCUGUGCUCUAGCCUGUCCCAGUCGUCCUCGUGCACUACGGCGCCCCUCAUCAAGUCCUCGCAGGGCUCCCAGGAGGAGGUGCACCCCUCGCAGGGCUCUGUGGUCAGCUCCGGCGGGGGGCUCUGCCCGCAACCCUCCUACGCCUCCCACGUGGCUGCCGCCGCCUCCGUCGGUCACCCCCAUCAUCACCACCCCCACCACCACCACUGCCCCAUGGACUUCAAGAGCUACGUGGCGCGCAUCAUCUGGGAGGCGGACAACGACAGCCUGGCUCUGCCGCUGGACACGUACCGCGUCUACUGCAUCGAGGGCGAGGGCGCGUCCAGCGUGGGCAGCCUCAGCUCGCUGGGCUCAGCACUCGCCGACACCACGGCCGGCGCAGACGCCAGCGCCGAGUUCAGCUACGAGAGCCUGCGCCACUGGGGUCCCAAGUUCGAGGGCCUGAGCGAGCUGUACCGCCGCCCCGAGCUGGCACUGCCCUACCGGGAGGCGUCCGUGCGGAGCCCCACCCCGACCCAGGGCCUCCGCCAGACCCACAGCCUGCAGCCUCCACCACAGCAGCAGCAUCAGCUAUAAGGCCCACAUUGCAUCUCUGUGUCUGAUCUGAUGCUUAGCCAUCCAUGGUUGCACUGGUUUGGUUCUGGUUUUUAGUGUAAGGGAUGAUCAGGAUAGGUUGUGAAGAGAAGUGAUCUCUCUUCAUUCUCCAUUGUUUUGUUUUUGUUUGGUUAUUUGAUUGUUUUGGUUUUGUCUUUGAGUAUUACACACACAAAAAGAAGCUUUAGCAGCCUCUGGGAGAGGAGAUGCCCUGAAGCCGUACUUUGCCUGGAAAUCAAAUUUGAAGUUUUAUUUAUUGAGCGUCUGAUGUGAACUAUUACAUUUUUUAUAAAUGUACUGUAUUUAUUUUAGCCUUGAAAUCUUCUUUAUACAGGGAACAAAGCCAGUGGAUUACUGUGUGAUUUAUUUUCUGUGACCUUCAAGGGAAGACCUUUGUGCUGAGUUUCA